GUACAGGUUGAGCAUAACAUUGAAAGUUUCUGUUUGUUUACUCGGCAUCGUAAUGUAUGAACCGCUAUGAUUUUUGUCUUCUGUGGAACACGACCCAAUGAACCAAGUCCGAGUGUGAACAAGCCCUGAGAAACACCAUUAGCAUGACUGUUGUGGACUUAACCAGCAUCAUUUCUCCAGUGUGUGUCGACAGAAAUCAACUUUUCCACUAAACAUCAGUCAAGAUCCACAGGAUGAAGUUUUCAGCAGUUCAGCGUGAGACAUGGCUGAUUUUGCUCACUUUUCUACACAUGUGGAUUGGAUCAAAUAAUGGAUGCCUUUAUCCAGGCGGUGAUUAUGAGUUUAAAUUGAAACUGGACAAGAAUGUCAUCCCUGCUUUGGCGGGAUGUGCACAGAUCCCCUGUGCGUAUUCUGCUCCAAUGAGAACACAUUCAGGCCGGCUGAUCUGGUUCAGCGGGAGCCCUGACUUCCCCAUCAGCCCACAAGAGAUGGAGCGUAAGGACGGCCUGCUGAGACCACUGGCUUCUAUUCUGGAAGAGUGCAGCAUUAUUCUGUGGGACUUCAGCGGACAUGAAAGAGUCGAAGAAUAUGGAGUCAUGUUAGAAUGGGGAACCAAUGAAACGCAUGUCUACGAUGAGAGAGUCGCGGUGUCUUAUUCUGCUGCAAAACUGAACAUCAGUCUACACACUGAAGUCCUUGAAGCUGGAAAACAGACAAUAAUAAUCUGCAGUCUUCCAGACCUCUGCCUCAACAGUGAUCCAAUAGUAACCUGGAAGGGGCUCAACUCAAAGCAGCUUCGUCGUCUGAGAUUUCCCAGGGAAAUGGAAACAUAUUUGAUGUACAGCGAGCAGCUCUUCUACACACCCAUCCCCGAGGAUCACCAAGCCGAGAUUACAUGUGAAGCUACGUUUGGGAAAAAUCUGAGCGCCAGUGCUUCCAUGACUUUGACCGUUCACUCUCAUCCUCGGAUAUUGAACAGCUCCACGUGCUCUCUGAAACAGGAUCUGCUCACCUGUGUUUGUGUCAGUCAGGGUGUGCCUUUGCCUGAUGUUCACUGGCCUCUGCAGAACAACAUUGAUUUUAACACCGUUGUUACAUCAGACGGCCACAUCACCGUGAGAAGCACCUUCACCAUGACUGUGGUGGACCUUACCAGCAUCAGUUCUCCAGUGUGCGUCAGCAGAAAUCCACUUGGUCAGACAAAUAUGACUCUUCCUCUGAACACGGAUGAAGUAAUAGAGGAAGCAGAAGGUGACGGGCAAUCUAAAAAUGAUUUGGAGAACUAAAAAACAACAAGCCUGCAGACUAUGAUGGUGGAAGUGUUCCAGUAGUUCAAGUAAAAUCAAAUUUCAUUUGCAAUAUUAACAAUGUAUUUAAUGUACAUCUUAGUGUACAUUAAUGUAUUUAAUAUCCUAAUGCAAUGGUAUAUAUUUGUGAGCAUCUUAUGUGCAUCAUAUUAUCUUAUGUGUUUGCAUUGUCCUUGCUUUCUUAUGUCCUUGCAUUGCUUUUAAAUUGAGAUCUUUUAUCAAAUUAA